GGUGAAAAGCCUUUCAAGUUGUUAUUAUAACCAGACAGGUGAACAGUCGUCCAUGUUUGAGUAACAGAGAUGGGAAAUGAUGGAUACCUCCCUUUGUUUGAGACAAAGAGAGCAAAUGGAAGAACCCUUUACAGAGUCUUUGCAGGGUCUAUAUUCGUGGGUAUAUGUUUGAUUUGGAGUUACAGAGUGAGCCAUGUACCAAGACAUGGAGAAGAUGGGAGACUGGUUUGGAUUGGUUUGCUUGCUGCUGAGCUUUGGUUUGGUUUUUAUUGGUUCCUAACUCAAGCUCACCGUUGGAACCUUGUCUACAGACAAACCUUCAAAGACAGGCUCUCCCACAGAUAUGGAAACGAGUUGCCUGGAGUGGAUAUAUUCGUAUGCACGGCGGAUCCGGUGAUUGAGCCACCAAUGAUGGUCAUCAACACUGUAUUAUCAGUUAUGGCUUAUGACUACCCACCGGAGAAGCUUUCGGUGUAUCUCUCGGAUGAUGCCGGUUCACAGCUUACUUUCUAUGCUCUAUUGGAAGCCUCUCAGUUUGCUAAAUAUUGGAUACCAUUCUGCAAAAAAUUCAAUGUGGAACCAAGAUCUCCAGUGGCUUAUCUUGACUCCAUUUCUAUUUCAGAUGACUCCAAGCAGCCUAAAGAAUUAGCAACUAUAAAGAAAUUAUAUGAAGACAUGAAGAACCAAGUCGAAAAUGUAGCCAAGCUAGGCCGUCUCCCUGAAGUUCACCUGAGACAUAAAGGAUUUUCUGAAUGGGAUUCAUAUUCUUCUAGACAUGAUCAUGACACCAUUCUUCAAAUAUUGAUUGAUGGGAAAGACCCAAAUGCAAAGGAUAGUGAAGGAUGUGUAUUACCUACUUUAGUGUAUGUGGCUCGGGAGAAGAGACCCCAGUAUUUUCAUAACUUCAAAGCUGGAGCUAUGAAUGCACUGAUACGGGUAUCAUCUGCAAUUAGCAACGGCCAGAUUGUUCUUAAUGUGGACUGCGAUAUGUACUCAAAUAAUUCACUUGCUGUGAGGGAUGCUUUGUGCUUCUUCAUGGAUGAGAAAAAGGGCCAUGAGAUUGCUUAUGUACAGUUUCCGCAAAAUUUUGACAACAUUACCAAGAAUGAGCUAUAUAGCAGUUCACUAAGAGUAAUUAGCCAGGUGGAAUUUCAUGGUUUGGAUGGCUAUGGAGGACCCCUUUAUGUUGGAACUGGCUGCUUUCACAGAAGAGAUACAUUAUGUGGAAGAAAGUUUAUCAGGGAAAUUCACAAUGAAUUCAAAAUAGACAUUCCAAAAGAUAGAGAAAGGGAAGAAACUAUUGCAGUAUUGGAAGAAAAAUCAAAGGUCCUUGCCAGUUGCACUUACGAAAAUAACACUGCGUGGGGAAAGGAGAUGGGGUUGAAAUAUGGUUGUCCAGUUGAAGAUGUGAUCACAGGUUUAUCGAUUCAAUGCCGGGGAUGGAAAUCGGUGUAUUACAAUCCGGAAAGGAAGGCUUUUCUAGGAGUAGCACCAACCACACUUGCUCAGAUACUGGUGCAACACAAGAGAUGGUCUGAAGGGGACUUUCAGAUACUACUUUCUAAAUACAGUCCAGCUUGGUUUGCCAAUGGAAAGAUUAGCUUAGGCCUUCAGCUAGGAUAUUGCUGUUACUGCCUCUGGGCCACUAACUGCUUGGCAGUGCUAUACUACUCUAUUGUUCCUUCCCUUUAUCUUCUAAGAGGCAUUCCUUUGUUCCCCGAGUUGUCAAGUCCAUGGUUUCUUCCAUUUGCAUAUGUCGUGAUUUCGAAGUAUAUGUAUAGCCUAGCGGAGUAUCUAUGGAGUGGUGGCACGGUCCUAGGCUGGUGGAAUGAUCAAAGGAUAUGGCUUUACAAAAGGACAAGCUCCUACCUCUUGGGCUUCAUUGACACCAUUGCAAAAUCAUUAGGACUACAUUCUGAUUCAGCAUUUGUAAUCACGGCAAAAGUUUCAAAACAGGAAGUUUAUAGAAGAUAUGUGAAAGAGAUAAUGGAGUUCGGAGACUCCUCUGCGAUGUUCACUGCACUGGCGACGAUUGCCUUGAUAAAUCUAGUUUGCUUGAUUGGAUUGAUGAAGAAAGCAAUCCUGAAUGAGGGUAUACCUAUAAUCUAUGAGACAAUGCUUCUACAAUUUGUUCUUUGUGCCAUUCUGGUUCUAAUCAACUGGCCCUUGUACCAAGGACUUUUCUUUAGGAAGGACAAUGGCAAGAUGCCAAAGUACAUAGCUAUCAAGUCAAUUGUAUUAGCUGUGUCAUCUUGUACAUGUUUUACAUUAUUCUUGACUUAAAAAAAUUUCAUGUUCAUUUUGGUUUAAUUCUCUGUAACUAUCACUCCAUGAUUUGAAGAAAUAAAAGGAUACCCUUGUUAGCCUUUGGGAUUUUUCUAA